CGUCAAGCAGUUCUGUUCACAACAAUUUUUUGGAGUAUAAAAUAUAACGCUGUGGAAGAUUUGAUUAUCUGGAGUGACGUGGCGCUUCGUCCAAAAACAUAGAAACACUAACGAAAUAGCAAAAUGGCGAAUUAGGAAUGUCAUCUUUAUAUUAAAAUAUAUGUGCACAUAUAGCUACGCGCUCUUUGUCAGUUGAAUGCGUUAGCCAGGUAGCUAACGUUUAGAGCAGGCUGGCUAGCUUGCUACCGUUUUCUAGCUUGCUAGGUUGGACAUAAUGUAUUGUUUUUUCAGGUAACUUAGCUGCUGCUAAAAAGCCGUGAAAUUCAAGCCAACUAUAUAUCAGAGUUAGUAUUAGAGGAAAAUGAGAUAGCUGGCUACAAUAUUUAGCGAGAACAUAGCUUAAAAUACAUCGAGUAGCUAGCGUAUGGCUGCGAAAUCCAUAUUCGCUUACUUGCAAAGACUGAGGAAAGGUGGCACCCGGCAUUGUUUGAAACCCUACGGGAUAUAUCGUCAUCAAAACGCCUCGCUACUAACAAAAUUCCUAUUCAUGACUGCCCUGUCCGACAGUGAGCCGGUAAGAAAGAGACUGAGGUUGGACGUUGACAUCCACUCACCUGCCACUACAAAGAAACCAGAGCGGCCGAUUUCAUUCAAAGGGGUACAGAGGGAGACUAAACUGGACAAAUACUUAAAAGACAACAAACAGAAGACAGCUAAUGCUUGCUGUGUGAAAAUGGAGGAUAUUGCGAUGGACACCGACAAAACAAAAAAUGAAGACCAGGUUGGUAAAGAGAAGGAGAAGUUGGAUCAAAAGGUUGCCUGUAUGGAAAAUGCAAACAAGGAGGAUAGUAAUUUUGUUAGCCUGCAGGGUGUCUCACCAACAGGAGUCACAACAAAACAGAAGGCCAAGAAUCCUGUCACACAAGACUGGGUGAUGACGGAUCCUACCAUGCCCACAGAGAUGGCUGAAGUUGACCAUGACAUCAAACCCAGUGAAGUAACAGAGACUGUGGAUUUGGCAAACCCUGAAAGUGCCCCCUGCACCCUCCAACAGUCCACGGCGACAGAGAACCAGGCCCAGACCUGCAGUGCCCCGGUGGAGCUCUCCCCGGCAACAAGCAAGGCGGCGGAAGCAAAGCGUCCAGGUGACCCGUGUGCUGAAGGUCCUAAGUGCCCGUCCCACGAGGGGUCUGCCCGUCCGGCUGAGGUCCCUGACGCUGAGGGCUCCUCCAAGCGCGAGAAGGCAGGCCCAUCCACAUCGGCUCCAAAGGGCUCCGAGAAGCGUGUUGCCAAAAUCACAGACUUCUUUCCAAAAGCCCCGUCAGCAAGAAAGUUGAAAUCGUGGGGGACACAGUAUCAGCAUUCUCCAUUAAGUGUGAAGAGAAAUCAUUCUCCCAUAUUGACACAUUUGUGCCAAAAAAGGAGCCUUUUACUUGCACAGGCCAAGUGGCUGGGGACCCCCAUAAGUGAGCUGAGGAGGAUGCCCCAAUGCCGCCAUCCCCUUCCACACCUGAAGGCGACGUACAACCACACCGUCAUGAUUAGGACAGACCGGCUGCAUGACACGGAGCGUCCUGUCCCGCAUCCCAACAAGUUUAAGGACUCCUGGGAUGACGUCUACGUGAAAAUGCCCUGUUCCGAAAAGAACAUGUUCCCCGUGGAAAACGAGGAUGGGGGUGGUGUGCAGAGCAGAUGGGAGCUGAUUCAGAAAGCUUUGCAGAAAGAUUUCAAGAGCUCUUAUGAUGUGGAGGAUGCGAUAUUACAGUACAACAUGGCUCAUCCAAAGAGAUGGGACUUCACCGCUUUGCACUCCCUCUGCGCCAAGGAUCCUUCCCGCAUCGAGUAUCUGUUUCGGUCCCUUCUGCCGUCCUUGGCUGAAUUAGCGCGGAGUGUAACCAAGCUGUGUACCCAGCCGAUACCUCUGCUUAAGCUGAAGAUGAAUCACUCCAUUACGAUGUCACAGGAACAAAUCGCCUGCCUGCUGGCCAAUGCCUUCUUCUGCACCUUCCCCCGGCGCAACUCCAGGAAGUCCGAGUACGGAAACUACCCAGAAAUCAAUUUCUGCAGGUUGUUUGAAGGAUCUUCUCCAAGGAAGAUCGAAAAGCUGAAAACACUGUUGUGCUAUUUUAAAAGAGUUACGGAGAAAAGACCUACUGGCCUUGUUACAUUCACCAGACAAUGUCUGACCAGCUUUCCAAAAUGGGAAAGUUCUAAGGUUCAGUUCUCCAGACUGCACAUCACGUGUGAAGGUACCAUUGAGGACAAUGGCACCGGUAUGCUGCAGGUGGACUUCGCAAACAGGAUGGUGGGAGGUGGGGUCACGGGGUCGGGGCUGGUCCAGGAAGAGAUCCGCUUCAUAAUCAACCCCGAGCUCAUCGUCUCGCGUCUCUUCACCGAGGCCAUGGACCACAACGAGUGCCUGAUCAUCACAGGCACGGAGCAGUACAGCAGAUACACUGGCUACGCCGAGACCUACAAAUGGGCUGGAGAGCACAAGGACGAGACGCCCCAAGAUGAGUGGCGCAGAAGGUACACAGAGAUCGUGGCUAUAGAUGCCCUGAGGUACAGGCACUUCCUUGAGCAGUUUCAGCCAGAGAAAAUGACUCGAGAACUCAACAAGGCCUACUGUGGCUUUGCACGUCCUGAGGUGGAGAGCCAGCACCUGUCUGCGGUUGCCACGGGGAACUGGGGCUGCGGCGCCUUCGGAGGCGACACCAGGUUAAAAGCUCUGCUGCAGAUGAUGGCGGCUGCCGAGGCGGGGCGAGAUGUGGCCUACUUCACAUUUGGAGACGAUCAGCUCAUGAAGGACGUCCACGAUAUGCACUGCUUUCUCACCAAUAAGCGCGUCAGUGUCGGGAUGGUGUACGGUCUUCUGGAGCAGUACUACAGCUCGGUGUGCAAGAGCUGCCAGUCUCCACGCCCAAACAUCGACCUGUACGGAUUCAUCCGAGACAAGGUGUCGAGUUACCCACGCCUGUAGCAGUCUAACUGAGGGCUUGGUGUGGUGGAUGAUCGACCAGCCUGGCUUGCCUAUGCUUUUGAACUGAUGAGCACUGAUGUUUGGCCCAGGUCUUCCUUUAGAAGUCAGUGUUUCACCCCCCUGUCCCAGUCACUCUUCCCUAGUAACCGUGUAAGCAAUGGGAAGUUGAGACCUGUGUAUUAUGUUUAGUGCACUGCUUUCUGCUCAGCUCUUCAAGUUAACAAGCACCUUAUUAGAGGCACGUGUCUGCCUUGUGAAGAGGUUGGGCCUCUUACAACUGCAUUUUAUAAUUUCAUUAUAUAUUUUUUUGCCUGGUCUUUCUUUUUCGUCUAUAAUCAAAUUUGUUUUUGAGAGUUGAAAACAUGUUGGUUUGAUUGGCAAUAAUAUCUGAGGAAAUAUGGGAUUCAUAAAACAAUGUGUUAUUGCAGUUAUUUUAUACUGUACACUGUAUCAUAUUAUAAUUUAAUAAUUAAAAAUCCCAUUGCUGAACAA